UAAACCACCCUCAAAUGUUUUACAGUGUGCAGAGACCUGGUUUGCCAGAAACUUUUUUUUAAGAAACAUAAGUUGUUAAACAUUAGCUGUAAAUGGGCAGAUAAAUAUUUUUAUAAAUAACUAAUGUGCCGUUUGAAAAACCUCCAGAAUGUAACAUCACAUAAAAGCAGGCACUGCCCCUCAACUAGCAACCCCAGUAAGCCCAACCUGUUACCUAGCAACCCCGGUGAAGUCCAUCCCAUUACCUAGCAACCCAAGCUAAGCUCCAGAACAUUUGGUCAGCUGGUUUUACCUCUAUAUCUGCUGUACAAUAGCUGAUGAAUAAGAUAAGUGUUUUGUUGUUGACUUACCGUCCAGAAACUACUUGCUGCAUCUUUGUGGGUUGUGCAGAUGGCUCUGCUUCUGCUUUUCAAAGUUGUACAGUUGUAUAAUUUCACAUCUGUUUGCAGUCAGUGUAAAUGUUGAGUGGCCAGCAGCAGCUUGCUUAUUUGUGUUUGAAGGGACAGGAGACUCUAAAACAGCUAGUUCUGAAAGUAGCCAGAGUAACAUCUCAUUAUCUAAGAAGGAUUUUAUGCAAAAAAUUUAAUGAAUAUGUUUUGUAUAUACCUAUGUUAACCUGUUCAAGGCAGCGUAAUAGGUCACUUUUAAUUGAUCCAGGAUGGUCUUUUAUCAGUGUUAACUUCAACAGCAGCUAAAGUUAUUUCAGCCAGCUUGCUUUACUGGCAGUUUACUGUGCUCUUAUUGGCCAACAACGUUUCCUAACUGUAAGAAGUUGUACCCUAAUGUUAUGUAAUCCAAGAACUUCAGAACAGGUUGCCUAAUAAGUCAUGUUUUCGUGCAGGUUUUAUAAGCGGGAAGGUUUUUUAAAUGCACAUAAAAGCCACAGAUUUUCCAAAAUGCUUGAGCAGCUUCAUUGGGAUAAGUUUGGAGUUUCACAGACUCUUACUGCAAUCACUGAAACGGAAACAGCUUGUCCAAAGCCUCAGCCUUAAACUACUUCUUUCAUUUUCACACGCACGAUCAUGUCUGACACCACGUUUUCUGAUUUUCUGCAGCAAGUUCUUCAAGGUCUCAAAACCUUAAUUGCAGAUCCCUAUGUGAGAUGCAUGAACCUGGACUGUUUACCACACCAACGGAUGAAACAUUUCUCAAAAACUCCAUGCCAUCUGGAGGAUAUUUUGUGUUUACGUCAGCAGUGAACUUGUCCGACCGGCAUGUGCAGUAAAACAGACAUCACAUGCAAAGCAGGGAAUUCCUCACUUCCCCUUUCUGAGUGUAUCCGCCUCUACUUCUACAUAUAUAAGUCUGUAGUUACUAUUAUCACAAACUGAACCCUCUGGCAGGUUUGUAAGAAUCUUUUUUGCUGAAUUGUUCAGAGGGAAGAUGCCCAGCCGAAGAUUUUUUAUCUCCUUCUUCCUGUUUUCCAUUUGCCUCAUCUGUUGCCAUGAAGCCAUGCCUGCUAAUCUCAAACAGGAGAAACUGAACGACAGACCAGUGAUUGGUGUUUUGACUCAGAUGGUCUCAGAUGAUGUCAUGAAACCUUUUGGAGCGACAUACAUACCCGACUCUUACGUGAACUACAUCGAGUCGGGGGGAAGCAGAGUGGUGCCGAUCAGAUUGACUCUUUCUACUGCGGAGUAUGAAAGCAUCUUCACGAAGAUAAAUGGCCUGGUUUUCAUUGGUGGAGCCGUAGAUUUGAUGACCUCAGACUUUGCCAGGGUGGCGAAGAUUUUUUAUAAACUCGCUCUGACGGCCAACGAUGCAGGGGAUUUCUUCCCCAUCUGGGGAACCUGUCUGGGCAUGCAGCUGCUCACUGUGCUGGUGGCCGAAGAGAAUCUGCUCUCAGCAACUCCAGCUAGAAAUGUGGCUUUGCCCCUCAACCUAACCACAGAGGCCCACUCCAGCAGGAUGUUCCAAGGUUUUUCUAAAGAGUUAAUAAAGGCCUUGACAGAAGAACCUCUGACUGGCAAUUUUCACAAAUAUGGCCUGACAGUACAGGUUUUCCAGGAAAAUGAGAAGCUGAGUGGUUUCUUCUCCCUGCUGUCGACGAACGUCGCUGAAAAUGGAGCUCAGUUCGUCUCCACCAUUGAAGGUAAAAGGUAUCCGUUCUACGGAGUGCAGUGGCAUCCCGAGGUGAACCGCUUUCAGUGGAACAGAAAUUUUAGCUUCCCUCACUCCAGUUAUGCCAUUCAGUUGUCGUCGCAGCUGGCUGAGUUUUUUAUCAAUGAAGGACGGAAGAGUUUCCAUCAUUUUGACUCUCGUGAGGAGGAAGACGCCUCAUUGAUCUACAAGUUCACUCCUGUCUACACUUCAAACUUUACUGCCUACGAGCAGGUCUAUUUCUUCUAGGUUUUGGAGGAUGCCAAAGCCUGCUAGAUGCCUGCAUUUCCUUUUGAAAUGUGAAGAUGUGGCUUGAAUUUGAGUGCAACAUUAAAAAAAUAUUAUUUAAAGCCAUGAUAAGAUUAAAAUAAAUGUGAUUGAUACUGUGGAUUUAUGAAGACGGGCAUUUCAAAAAGAGAGCACUUUAUGUCCACUCCAGCAAAGUUGAGGUUAUAUAUUGCUGGAUAUUUUAUUUUAUUUUAGAGUUUUUCACCUUCUUGAUAACUUUGUAUGAAUUAUAUCUUCAAAUAAAGUAAAAAUUAUUGAAUGUUAAUGCCAGUAUUGAUAUUAAAAGUUAUUUUUCGUUAUGAAUUUGAAGUGCUGUUAAAAAAUUAUUUGACUCCUGUAGUCAAUUUUCCUAUUGACUCCAGGUUUCUUUUUAUAACACUUAAAUAUUUCAAUAACAAAUACAACCAGAUACAGACAAAAAAUAUGUUUGAUGGUUGACUCAGCUGAUUGAAAGAAAACUCUUUAUCCUGUUUCUUAAAUCAGGAAUUGGAUGAAGAAAACAUGAAACAGUGAACAGAUUUAUGUCGUAUAACAUAUGUAAAAGAAAAAAAAAA